GGCAUGGCCAGUACAUGUUUCUGCUUAGCAUUAAUAGAGUCAACCGGGAGCUUCAGCGCUUGAAAGAGUAGAAAGAUUUCUUGCCCUCAGACAAGAAUCAUUUGAGAUCUCUUGGUCAAAAUGGCAGACAGAAGCCCCUUCGAAACAGAUAUGAUCACCCUCACCAGAUUUGUUAUGGAGAAGGGUCGACAAGCUAAAGGGACAGGAGAGCUAACCCAGCUGCUGAACUCUAUGCUGACAGCCAUCAAGGCCAUCUCUUCAGCUGUGAGGAAGGCAGGCCUCGCCCAUCUGUAUGGAAUUGCAGGAACUCUCAAUGUGACUGGCGAUGAAGUCAAGAAGUUAGAUGUAUUAUCCAAUUCCCUGGUUAUUAACAUGCUCCAGUCCUCCUACAGUACCUGUGUCCUAGUCUCAGAAGAGAAUAAAGAAGCUAUUAUUACAGAUAAAGAGAAGAGGGGUAAAUACGUGGUCUGCUUCGAUCCACUAGACGGCUCCUCCAACAUUGACUGCUUGGCAUCUAUAGGAACUAUAUUUGCAAUCUACAGAAAGACCACAGAGGAUGAGCCUUCAGAAAAGGAUGCCCUUCAGCCGGGACGCAAUAUUGUGGCUGCUGGCUAUGCUCUCUAUGGCAGCGCUACCCUGGUAGCUCUUUCCACUGGACAAGGAGUGGACCUCUUCAUGCUGGACCCUGCUCUUGGUGAGUUUAUCCUGGUGGAUAGAGAUGUCAAAAUUAAAAAGAAAGGGAAGAUCUACAGCCUCAAUGAAGGCUAUGCCAAGUACUUUGAUCCUGCCACGACCGAAUAUGUGCAGAAAAAGAAAUUUCCUGAGGAUGGCAGCGCUCCCUAUGGGGCCAGGUAUGUGGGAUCUAUGGUCGCUGAUGUUCAUCGUACCCUGGUUUACGGAGGGAUAUUCAUGUACCCAGCUAACCAGAAGAGUCCAAAAGGGAAGCUCCGGCUCCUGUACGAGUGUAACCCAAUGGCCUUCAUUAUUGAACAGGCCGGAGGCGUAGCAACCACAGGAACCCAGCCAGUAUUGGAAGUGAAGCCGGAAGCCAUCCACCAGCGAGUCCCUCUCAUUCUUGGGUCUCCAGAUGACGUGCAGGAGUAUUUGGCUUGUGUUCGGAAACAUCAGCAAAGUGGCCAAGACGGACGCUAACUCUGCUUCGUUUCCUCUUCUGUUCUCAAAUUCUACAAAUUACCCAGUGUCCAGCACCCCCCGUCCUGAAUGCAUAUUAUCUGGCAAAGAUAACGAGGUAACUUGAUCUGUACACUGGAACAGAAAGGUUAAAAAUGAACUCCUGAAGCCAGGUCCUGUAACAAGAAAUGUCUCAAUGGAAGGUGGUUAAAAACAAAAUAAAACAAAAUGGCUUUGUCUUGCUUUCUGUCAUGUCAGAGAAAUAAAGAGUCUUGGAAUGCUAUAUUUGUUAACACACACACACACACACACACACACACGCACAAAACAACAGCUGGCAGCUAUUCAGAUGCUGACAGGGAUGAGAAUGUUCUUAGAUUUCACCAGCAUUGAUUUUGAGAUUUGAAUCUGACCUACUUUUAGGUGGCUGAAUUUUUUUCUUUUUCAUGUAAUAUACAAGUGUGUGUGUGUAUAUACAUGUGUAUUUUAAAUAGUCAAUACAUUCUCUUAG